GUGUUUCGACCCGCCGGUACACAUUUUCCCACCUUGGCCUGAAAUAGCUGACCACACCCCAGCGGACAUCGGUGCGUAACGUAGCAGUGCCCCAUCUGACUGGUCUCCGUACAGGUGAAGGCAAUAACAAAGAUCACAGUUCAAGAUGGUUGAAGGCUGCGGACUAAAGUGCAUGAAAGCACUCCUAUUUAUUUUCAACUUCAUUUUCUGGCUAUCAGGUAUAGCCCUAUGUGGUGUAGGAAUAUGGAUCACAGUGGAGGUGAGAAGUUCAUCGGCGUGCUGGAUAACCCGUUGGUGGUAAACUCUGCGUAUAUGCUAAUUGCCGCUGGUGCGGUUGUUAUUGCAGUUGGUUUCUGUGGUUGUUGUGGGCCAUUAAAGAAAGCAGGUGUCUUCUGGGAUGUUACUUUGUAUUUCUGCUGAUUAUUUUCCUUGUGGAGUUGAGUGCUGGGAUUUUAGCGUCCAUUUAUGGUGCUGAACUUGAGAGCUAUGUUAUAACCUCAGCUAACAAGACUCUUAUGGAAGAUUAUGGUAAUGUGAAAUAUGUCACUGAUGCAUGGAAUGAAGCACAACUUAUUUUUGAAUGCUGUGGUGUCUAUGGUUAUGAGGAUUAUCAGGAAACAUCUUGGUUUGAGUCAAGCCCGUUGGCUUAUCCUGUGACCUGUUGUAAGAUUGUUAACUACAAGAGUGCAACUCCAGUUGAUCCUGAAAAGUGCUACGAGAUGGAAAAUGUAGACUGGGCUGGAAAAUACAUGAACACACGGGGUUGUAUUAAUCAGUUCCAAUCUUGGGUCCAUGAUAAUGUAUACAUACUUGGGGGUGUCAGCAUUGGAGUGGCUUGCUUACAGCUGUUUGGAAUGAUUUUUGCUAUCUGCCUGUGUAGAAAUAUCGGUGAUGAUGACUAGAUGCCUGUAUUGGUGUUGCCAUGGUUACUACCGUACACAUUGUGUUUUUAUUAGAUUCUUCAAAAACAUUUUUUUAUAAAUAUCCAGCUGGUAUAAAAUAAAUUUUCCUGUAGUUCUUUUCUAAGUUGAAUGAAACUGCAAAAAGUUGAUUAUUAUGCCUGAAUUGGUUUAUUUUAAUUGUUUUGUUUUUUUAUUUUUGAACAAUGUGUUACAUCUUGACUUUGAUGUACCAUUUUUAAACCUCUCAAAAAAGAAUAUUUGUUCAAUUAGAAAAAAAAUUAAUAUAAAUCAAUCAUUUGGUCAAGCUUUCACUAUAAUUAAAGACUAUCUGACCAGGUUUUAAAUAUUGAUCGAUGUACAUUUAUAAAUUAUAGUUAUUAAUUUGUAGUUUAUACUAACAUCGUAUCAAGGGUGUAAAAAAUAUUCCAGUCAUCUAAACUAGUGUACAAAAAUUGUGAUUAAUAGCGUAUAAAGUUGUUUUCAUUGCAGUAGUUCAUUUUGCUAGAGGUAUGCGUACAGUACAUUCCAUAAACACUAUUCAACAAUAGAAUGGGAUUGUGAGAUCGGCUGAAAUUCAACUAAGUCUCUCCCCCUACCCCUCAAAUGGAUUUGUUUUUGUCAAAUUCAGUCAUACAGAUGAAAAAGUUUUUAAGAAAUACUUUGUAGUUGCAGUAUUCCGUAGUUUCAUCUCUAUAUUGAAUACAUGGUAUAUGGUAUACAAUGGAAACAUGUAAUGAAUAUAAUGACAUAUAUUUUUUGAAUUAUUGCAACCUCAAAUUGUUUUCAUUGCAUCCUAAAAAAUUUUGGCAAAAAUGUCACACUUGAACAUAAUAAUUUAGACACUGUACUGAUUUUGAUAGUAAAUGUGAACAAUUUUUCAGAGAAGACUGCCCUCAUUUACAUAUUUAAAACUAAAAAUGUUAUCUUGGUCUGGCUUUGAUUCUUUUAACUGAAAGUGUUGACUGUCGAUCUAAUAUACUCUUCUAUACAAUUCUCAAUCUUACCACCGGUGGCGCUUCUAAGGUACUGGUAUGCUGGUAUAUUUGUCACAAGGGAACAGAUCAUCUUAUAUUGACCAAUUCAGUAAUUAUGGAUUAUUUUGUAUAUGCUUGCCGAAUCUUUGAACAUAUUUUAAAGAUAUUUUUAAUUUCUUUAGCCACACAUUAGAUUCUUGCACUUAUCUUAUUAAGGGGUAUAAGUUUAUAGUCUAAAUUAACAAUCAGUCACAUGACUGGUAUACUUGUCUUGUAUUUGUUAAUUGUCAAAUUAUCAUCUGAUGUCAUUUGCAUGAUUCAAGAGAACAAACUUCUAGAAUUUUGCACUAUAUGAUUUAAUCUGCUUCGUAGAAACAAUUUUAUAAAAAUUCAAAAAUAUUACAUGACUGUACAUUUUGAUUAAAGGUUAUUAACCUCAACUGAUUUUAAGUAAAAAAUGUAUUUUACUAUUUGUGCUUUUAAAAUAUUGUAUAAAUAUAUAUAAAUGGAAUACUGCAAGAAAUAUAAAAUGAUCAUACCAAAACUUGUUAAAUAUAGGGGUAGAUGGUAAAGUGAAAAUACUUUAUUUUUAAUUACUAGUAUACAUAUAUUGUAUGCUUUUGAGAUUGAAAAUCCCACCUCAUAGUUUUCCCAUUAAAAGCAAGCUUUUGUGUUCUGAGAAAUGUAUUUAUGCAGAAGUUUGAAGCUUUUUAUAUUUACCAUGUUUCUGAGCUUUCUUCCCUAUUUACCCACAAACCUCUUUGAGUGUAUCAGUCAAUGCAAACUGUUGUAUUUCUUUUAAUCACAUUGUUUUUCUUAAACACAUUUUCUAAUUAAAGAAAAAAAAAGUUACCUAUAGUAAAUUA